AUGGCCGAUCUGUGGGCCACCCCCGCUGCACAGGCCGCUCUGAACAAUGAGCAACACACUGACCUCGUGCCCGGGGCUGCAGAUGGCCACGACAUUGUCACUGGCCUAGAAUUCCUGAGCCUGGACUCAGUUGUGACAGACUUGAAUGCGCCCGGAAAUUCAAACAGCAAUCAACAGCCUACCGAUCGCGUCCAUAGGGCAGCGGAUCAAGAAAUCAUUGAUGCACGCAACCAGAUCGUAUCUGGAACAGACUUGAAUCGUCCUUACCUCGACCAAAUCUCUCCCCAUCCAUUCGGGCCUUCCGAAACUUCGAGUGACCCCCCGGAAAAGCCUUUCAGAUCGGCAGUGAUCACCGGUAGCGAUGUAAAGCCCGGUCUACGCGCAAAGCCGAGUCUCCCAACGAACGAGAAGGAUCGGACCGUCACCGGCUUCUCGCCGAAAGCGGAAGUCCACGUGGUCUGA